AUUUGUCGGCACAUAUUAUACUGAUGGUUGUUUAUGCGUAAUGUGUUUUAUGUUUUACAUUUUAAAUUACAAUCCAAUCCUAACUAGAAUCCAAUUCCUACAAAAGCCUUUCAGUUUUUGACGCCAACGAACCGUCUGGAUUUAAAUGAUUCUACGUGUACGUGUUUUUCGGGAGCUAGCAGCCGACUGAGCAAUCUAAUUCAUAAACCAUGUUUAGACCCCGGGAGGCCUAUUUCUGUUAAUAAAUCAUAAAUGUCGGAAGUCCGAGCCCUUCAAAGUAGACUGCCACUCGCAAGAUUAUUCACAGUAUGAUCUUUGAGUCGUAAUGUCUACCAUCAACCAGGAAUUUUUCAGAUAUCUGACAGUAUUGGCUAUGUGUAGCAUGGCCUUUGCUGAUAACGGUAAUGGGGUGGUCGUUACCGCUAGGUCUAGCGACGACUGCCAAGUGACACCCGUUAUCCAUGUCCUACAGUACCCAGGAUGUGUACCUAAGCCAAUACCAUCAUUUGCAUGUACAGGUCGCUGCAGCAGCUAUCUACAAGUUUCUGGGUCUAAAAUAUGGCAAAUGGAAAGGUCUUGCAUGUGUUGUCAAGAGAGUGGCGAACGAGAAGCUUCGGUAUCGCUCUUUUGUCCAAAAGCUAAACAAGGCGAGAAAAAAUUUAGAAAGGUAACUACAAAAGCUCCACUGGAAUGCAUGUGCCGCCCUUGUACGGGUAUUGAAGAAAGUGCGGUGAUUCCUCAAGAAAUGUCCAACUAUGCCGCCGAUGAGCCACCAAUCAACGGACAUUUUUCUAAAUCUAUUUAAAUUAUUAAAUAUUAAUCAAUGAAUAAAGUGUUUAUAUUACUUUCAUUUUUA